UAUGACAGGAGAAAAAUGGCUGCCGUCCAGUGGCACUCUCGUGCACGAAACUAUGAAGCGGAACUGCAGAGCUGUCGCCUGGAAGCCGUGCCGGUGGAGUUCGGCGACUACCACCCUCUCAAGCCCAUCACUGUGACAGAGUCGAAGUCUCGGAAAGGGGGGCGUAAAGGCAGCACCUCCUCGUCCUCCUCCUCCUCCAGCUCCGUCGCUCCUGACCCCCUUAGCUCUAUGCUGGACGGCACUGACCCCCUGUCUCUCUUUGCGGCGGCCAGCGAGACCCCGGGCCUGUCACACGGUGGCGCAGCAGGGGAGCUGGGUAGGAAGCGCAAAGAGAAGGAAGAGGAGGUGGGCACAGACUUCGAGCCCUGGUCUGCAAAACGGGGAGAGAUCCUGGCAAGGUUCACCACUACAGAGAAGCUGUCCAUUAACCUCUUCAUGGGCUCAGACAAAGGCAAGGCACCCAGCCCUGGUUCAACAGUUUCAGAAAAAGUGCGGACUCGCCUGGAGGAGCUGGAUGACCUGGAGGAGGGCUCGCAGAGGGAGCUGCUGAACCUGUCCCAGCAGGAUUAUGUGAACCGCAUCGAGGAGCUGAACCAGUCUCUGAAAGAAGCCUGGGCCUCCGACCAGAAGGUCAAGGCCCUCAAGAUCGUCAUCCAGUGCUCCAAGCUGCUGUCAGACACGUCUGUCAUUCAGUUCUACCCCAGCAAGUUCGUCCUCAUCACAGAUAUCCUCGACACAUUUGGGCGUUUGGUCUAUGAGAGGAUCUGGUCCAUGUGCACUGACUCUCGCCCCUUGCCAGAAUCCUUCUCUGUAGAAGAUGUGAACGACACAGCGAAGGAGACCUGCCUCAACUGGUUCUUCAAAAUCGCCUCCAUCAGGGAGCUCAUCCCAAGGCUAUAUGUGGAGGCCGCCAUCCUGAAGUGCAACCGCUUCCUCUCCAGGGAUGGGAUCCAGGAGACACUACCACGCCUCACAGCCAUGAUCCGAGGCAUAGGGGAUCCCCUCGUGGCAGUGUACGCCAGGGCCUACCUCUGUCGGGUGGGCAUGGAGGUGGCCCCUCACCUGAAAGACAGCCUCAACAAGAACUUCUUCGACCUGCUGGGCUCCUUCCGUCAGAUCCACGGCGACAGCGUGCAGAACCAGCUGGUCCUGCAGCGGGUGGAGAUCCCGGUCUACCUGACGCUCUACUCCCCAGCCAUACACUGGAUCUUGCAGUGUGUGUCAUAUAGGGCUCCAGAGACCCUGCUGACAGAGAUGAUGGAGAGGUGCAAGCAGCUGGGGAACAAUGCCUUGCUGCUGAACUCAGUGAUGUGGGCGUUCCGGGCAGAGUUUGUGGCGGCGAGGGCCACCGACUUCAUCGGCAUGAUCAAGGACUGUGACGAGGCAGGGUUCCCCAAGCACCUGUUGUUUGGGUCUCUGGGCCGCUCCCUGGCCUGCGCUGACCCUCCAGAGAGCGAGAGGCUCCCCAUCCUGAACGAGGCCUGGAAGGUGAUCACCAAAGUGCGCAGCCCGCAGGACUACAUCAACUGCGCAGAGAUCUGGGUGGAGUUCACCUGUCGACACUUCACUAAGCGUGAGGUGAACACCGUACUCGCUGACAUCAUCAAGCACAUGACCCCAGACCGUGCCUUUGAGGAUGCCUACCCGCAGCUGCAGUCGGUUAUAAAGAAGAUCCUCACCUACUUCCAUGACUUUUCUGUGCUCUUCUCCAUGGAGAGGUUCCUGCCCUUCUUGGACAUGUUCCAGAAGGACAGCGUCAGAGUGGAGGUGUGCCGCUCCAUCAUGGAGGUCUUCAUCAAGUACCAGCAGGAGCCGACGCGGGACCCGGUCAUUCUGAACGCGCUGCUGCACGUGUGCAAGACCAUGCACGACUCUGUCAACGCUCUGACUCUGGAGGAUGAGAAGAGGUCCCUGGCCCUGCUGAUAAACGGUUUCAUCCGCAUGGUGUCGUUCGGCCGCGACUUCGAGCAGCAGCUGAGUUUCUGCGUGGAGGCCCGGGCCACGUUCUGCAACCUGGAGCCGGUGAUGGUGCAGCUCAUCCACACGGUGAACCAGCUUGCCAUGGAGACGUGGCGAGUGAUGAGGGGCAGUCACUCGCGGAAGACGGCCGCCUUCGUCAGGGCAUGUGCUGCUUACAGUUUCAUCACCAUCCCCUCUCUCACCAGCAUCUUUAACCGGCUCAACCUUUACCUGCUGUCCGGACAAGUGGCGCUGGCCAACCAGUGUCUCUCCCAGGCGGAUGCAUUUUUGAAGGCGGCUGUCAGUAUUUUGCCGGAGGUGCCUCGCAGUAUUAGUGUCGAGGGAAAGCUGCGCUCCUCAGAGGCCUUCCUGCUCGACUUCAUCAACAACUUCCUGUCCACGCUGCUGGUGGUGCCGGACCACCCGGAGCAGGGGGUGCUGUACCUGGUGCGGGGGCUGCUGAACAUGGUGCAGGACUAUACCUGGGAGGACAACAGCGACGCCAAGGUGCGCGUCUACAUCAGCGCCCUUCCCCUGCUGUCGGCGCUGAGCCAGGAGAGCUACCUGUACUCCAUCCCCAAAGUGGACUCCAAUGAGACGCUGUAUGGAGGGGACCCCAAGUUUGUGGCAGAGAUUAACAAGCUCUGCGAGACUCUGAUCGGACAGGUGCUGGACCACCUGAAGACCCUGGGCAGAGACGAGGGGGUGCGCAGACAGAGCGGUCUGGCCUUCUCGCUGUUCGGCUGCCUGCUGGCACACGGGGACCUGCGCAACAACAAGCUCAACCAGCUGGCCGUCAACCUCUGGAACCUGAGCCACAAGCAUGGCUUCUGUGACACGCGCACCUCGGUACGCACCCUGGAGUACAUCAAACACCAGGGCCAGCAGGCCAACAUGAACCACAUCUCCGAGAUGGCACAACGACUCUCCCUGCAGUCUAGGGCCUGAACUUCACUUACCCAGCCUGGACCUGGUCCUCUGUCCCGUCAUCCCAGGGUCAUCAGAACUUCAGCUCCAUCUCACCGCCCCAACAAGAUCCAAACUGCCUCUUCUUGACUUCUCAGCAAACACCCAUCUCUGUCAUUUUCCCUGCACAGGCAGGAUGAAUAGGAACCAGCAUGCAGCGGUAAACAACAGCCCUUCACAGUAAGGGCUGCUAGCGGUUGUAAUCGGUAAGGCCAUAUUUAAUCCAGAGAUCCUAGAGACUGAUUCUUCCAUCUCAACUCCAUCUCCGCUUUUCACUUACUGUGUGUGUGCAACUCAUUUUUCAUUCUGCACUUAUUUUUUGUACAAAUAAA